AUGACAGGAUGUGGUUUUGACCUCAGCACGCUGCGUGACUGUAUCGGCAUUUUUGAGGUCCAUCUCGGCACCCAGAACAUUAACAACCCAACCGAAACAAACUAUAACACAGCUAUUGCCUUGGAUCAAGCUAUUCACCCAUACUUUAACUCUUUAACCCUUUCAAAUUUGAGAAUGACAUGUUCGCGUCGAACAAAUGGACAUAGAAGUGUCCGGCGAGAGAAUCACCACAAUCAGCCCUCGCAGGCUGACAAAACCUUCAACGGAGAACAGGCGGUCAUGACCUCCGUUGGCGAGAUACUUCCGACUUCGACCCCAAUCUGAGCAACGAAUUGAAAUUUGUAAACGAUCACACAGUGCCACUUGCGCGUGGACACCUGAUACCUGAGUUGGUUAUAUAGAGACCUACAGAGGCUUCACCAUUUGCCCAUUGAGUCUCAACGAU